AUGCUGGGUACUCUGGGGCUUUGGGUUCUGCUCCCUGCAGCUGUGCAAGCGCCCCCAAGCAGGCGGACCUGUGUGUUCUUUGAGGCCCCUGGAGUGCGAGGAAGCACAAAGACACUGGGGAAGCUGCUAGAUGCAGGACCAGGGCCCCCCAGGGUUAUCCGCUGCCUCUACAGCCGCUGCUGCUUUGGGAUCUGGAACCUGACCCAAAACCAGGCACAAGUGGAGAUGCAAGGAUGCCGAGACAGUGAUGAGCCAGGGUGUGAGUCCCCCCGGUGUGACCCAAGCCCCCGAGCUCAGCCUAGCCCCAGCUCUACUCUCUUCACCUGCUCCUGUGGCACUGACUUCUGCAAUGCCAAUUAUAGCCAUCUACCUCCUCUGAGAAGUCCUGGGACUCCUGGUUUUCAGGGUCCCCAAGCCAUCUCAGGCGAGUCCAUCUGGAUGGUGCUGGUUCUGCUGGGGCUGUUUCUCCUCCUGCUGCUGCUGGGCAGCAUCAUCUUGGCCCUGCUACAGGGAAAGGCCUACAGAGUGAGAGGUGGACCAGAGCCAGAACUGCAGCCAGAGCCAAACUCAGGCAGAGAUUGGAGUGCAGAGCUUCCUGAGCUUCCUGAGCUGCCUGAGCUGCCUGAGCUGUGCUUCUCCCAGGUAAUCCGGGAAGGAGGUCACGCAGUGGUGUGGGCUGGGCAACUGCAAGGUGAGCUGGUAGCCAUCAAGGCCUUCCCCCUGAGGGCUGUGGCCCAGUUCCGAGCUGAGAGAGCAUUGUAUGAACUGCCGGGCCUACGGCAUGACCACAUUGUCCGCUUUAUCACUGCCAGCAGGGGGGGCCCUGGCCCCCUGCACUGUGGGCCCCUCCUGGUACUGGAACUGCAUCCCAAGGGUUCCCUGUGCCACUACUUGACCCAGAACACCAGUGACUGGGGAAGUUCCCUGCGGAUGGCACUGUCCCUGGCACAGGGCCUGGCAUUUCUCCACGAGGAGCGCUGGCAAGAUGGCCAAUAUAAACCAGGUAUUGCCCACCGAGAUCUGAGCAGCCAGAAUGUGCUCAUUCGGGAAGAUGGGUCAUGUGCCAUUGGAGACCUGGGCCUUGCCUUGGUGCUACCUGGACUCACUCAGCCUUCAACCUGGGCCCCUUCUCAACCCCAAGGCCCAGCUGCCAUCAUGGAGGCUGGUACCCAGAGGUACAUGGCCCCAGAGCUCUUGGAUAAGACUCUGGACCUACAGGACUGGGGCACGGCCCUCAGACGUGCUGAUGUUUAUUCUCUAGCUCUGCUCCUAUGGGAGAUCCUGAGCCGCUGCCCAGAUUUGUGGCCUGACAGCAGACCACCACCCUUCCAACUGGCCUAUGAGGCAGAACUGGGUAGCACCCCCACCACCUGUGAGCUGUGGACCUUGGCAGUGGAGGAAAGAAGACGUCCCUACAUCCCACCUACCUGGUGCCACUUUGCCACAGACCCUGGUGGCCUGAGAGAGCUCCUAGAGGACUGUUGGGAUGCAGACCCAGAAGCACGGCUGACAGCUGAGUGUGUACAGCAGCGCCUGGCUGCCCUGGUCCUUCCUCAGGAGGCCCACACCUUCCCAGAAGGCUGUUCUCAUAGAUGCUCACCUCUCUGCCCAGAAGACUGUCUCUCAACUCCUCCCCACUGUCAUUCUCCCUUGUAG